CCGCGUAGCAAAGAAAAAAAAAAACAAUUCUUGUUCGUUCGUGUUUUAACUCAGGAAAAAUAGAUGCAGCCGAAAGGGCCAAACCAAAUCAUCAGAAAAGACGAUUAAAGGGCACAGCGAACGGAUACGGAUUAUGGCCAGGAAUGCAGGUGGCAGUUCCUCCAGCGCGGCACAGUCCUCGUCAGCCGGCUCGACGCAAGCGGCGGCAGCGGCGGCGGCGGCAGCGGCGGCAGCAGCAGCGGCAGCGGCUUCGAGUGCCAAACAAAAACGCAACACGAGAUUCAGCCUGUCCUCGAACCUCAUGCUGGACAAGUGGAAGACGCUCAUUGGCUGCAUGUGCCUGGGCAUUGCCUCGUAUUUCGGCUACUUGGGCUACCUGGAGACGCGGGUGAAUACGCCGUUCGACCACCAGAAGAUGGUGGUUCAGACGGGCCUGGAUCAGCUGGACCGGUACUGGGGCACCUACAGGCCGCUCAACUACUUCGGGAUGAAGACUCGCGAUCCCCAUUCCCUGGUCAUGGGCCUGAUGUGGUAUACGCCCAGUAAUCUGGGACCCGGUGGCCAGGGCAUACGCCAUUGGUGCGAGCAGGGCGACAAGCUGGACUCGUACGGCUGGACGCAUCACGAUGGCCGAAGCUUUGGCGUCCAGGAGAUCCAGGACUUGCCCUUUGAGCUGAAGACAUCCUUUGUCAAGUAUCCGGAGGGCAAGCAGUUUGGCGGCGAUUGGACGGCCAGGAUCUCGGUGCGGAACACCACGCGUGCCUGGGACAAGAGCAUCUCCCUAAUCUGGUAUGUGGCCUUGGAUGAGCGCACCAAUGGUCACAUCAAGUACGUUUCGGAUGACAAAAGCCCCGAGCCGGGGGUCUACGGCGAGACGCAGGGCCUGGGCGAGUUCCAAGUCCGUUUCCAUGCGGUCAAAGGCAAGAUUCUGCACAAAUCCUAUCUGAGCACCGUGGCUCCAUCGCUGGGCAAGCUCAAGGAUACGCUCUUCUCGCAUUUUCGCGCCUUUGCCGACAAGCGAGGCAAUCGGUUUAUAGGCCUGCCCGGCGAGAUAGUCUCCCAGAAUGGUCUGCCCUCCAACAAUCCGGAGCCGAACUUUAUAGCCAUACAAAUCACGGCCGAGGUGGACUUUACGCUGGACAUCACCUAUCAAUCGACGUCGGGAUUCUCGCUGGGACAAUCGAUACCGAAGCCACCGACGGGCAGGGCCUACCAGGAAUCGCUGCAGGCCAAGAUAUCCGAGUUUGAGAGGCGCUUCGAGGAUCGUUUCCAGCUGAAGAAGAAGGGUCACUCGCCGGAGGAGGUGCGUUUCGCCAGGAAUGCCAUGAGCAACAUGCUUGGCGGCAUUGGUUACUUCUAUGGCUCCAGUCGUGUGCAAUCGGUGCAUACCAAGAGCCCGGUGCCAUAUUGGAAGGCUCCGCUAUAUACAGCUGUGCCGUCGCGUAGCUUCUUUCCGCGCGGCUUCCUCUGGGAUGAGGGCUUCCAUGGCCUGUUGAUCAGUGCCUGGGACAUAGACAUAGAGCUGGAUAUUCUGUGCCAUUGGUUUGAUCUCCUAAACGUGGAGGGCUGGAUACCCAGGGAGCAGAUCCUGGGCGUAGAGGCUUUGGCCAAGGUGCCCGAGGAGUUUGUUACCCAGCGGAACAGCAAUGCCAAUCCGCCCACGUUUUUCCUUACCCUAAGGAAGCUCCUCACCAGCCAUCGGGCUGAAUUGUCGCAGAACGGAAGACUGGCCACGCUGGAGCGCCUGUAUCCCAGGAUGCAGGCCUGGUUCAAUUGGUACAACACCACGCAAAAGGGUGAAGUGCUGGGCACCUAUCUGUGGCGCGGUCGGAAUGCCACCACCACACGUGAGCUGAACCCCAAGAGUCUGUCCUCCGGCCUGGAUGAUUAUCCGCGUGCCUCGCAUCCCACCGACCGGGAGCGUCAUGUGGAUCUGCGCUGCUGGAUUGCUUUGGCGGCCAGUGUCAUGGCCGAGCUGUCCACUAUCCUGGGCAAGGACGAUGUCAAAUACUAUGAGACGGCUUCCUUUUUGGCCAACAAUGAGGAGCUCAACCGUUUGCAUUUGGCUCCAUAUAGUGAACAGUACGCGGACUGGGGACUCCACUCGGAUCAGGUGAAACUGAAGCGACCGCCACAGCAGCAGCAGCAGCUACAUCGCCAGCAGCAAUACCACCAGCAGCAGCAGCCCGAAAUGAAGCGAGUUACCCUAGAGGAACCUACCUACCAAUUUGUGGACAGCUCCUUUGGCUAUGUGAGCCUCUUCCCGCUGCUUCUGGAGCAGCUCGAGCAUGACUCACCUUACUUGACGAAGCUGCUAAAUGAUCUCCGGGAUCCAGAGCAAUUGUGGACCAACUUUGGCCUGCGUUCGCUGUCCAAGCGCUCGCCUUUGUAUAUGAAGCGUAACACCGAGCACGAUCCGCCCUAUUGGCGCGGUCCCAUCUGGAUAAAUAUCAACUAUUUGGCGGCCAAGGCUCUGCAUCAUUAUGGCCGGAUCGAGGGUCCGAAUGCGGCCUUGGCACGGGAGAUCUAUGCCGAGCUGCGUGACAAUCUGGUGGGUAACAUCUUUAAACAAUAUCAGCGCAGUGGCUAUCUGUGGGAGCAGUAUGACGAUACCACUGGCGAGGGCAAGGGCUGUAAUCCCUUCACCGGCUGGACAGCUUCUGUGGUCCUUCUGAUGGCUGAGCAGUUCUAAAAUCUUGGAACUGUAUAAAGUAUAUCUGCUGUGAGUUCCUCAACGAACAUGAACAUCCCUGCCUCGGAUUCCUGAAAUGGUAUAUACAAUAUAUAUAUCUCUAUAUAUGUGUUUGUAAGGGAUGGGUUGUCCUUAAUCUUGAAAGAAUUUUAAAAUUUUAAACAAGAAACGUAUCUUAAUUACAAAAUUACCAAAUUAUAGCUUAGUUUUUUUUUUUAAAUGCAUUUAAAUUAAGUUGCCAGAGAGCUGAUCUUCCGCUUUUGAGUUGAAAUUAAAGACUUUCAAGACUUUCCUUAUAUGUUUAUUCGGUUUUGCUUAAGAAUUCCCCCACUUAAAUUGCUCUCUAUGAUUAUUUGUGCUAAGAAGAGGCACCCAUCCUGAUUGUAGACUAACAAUAAUUGUAUGUAAUCCCUUUAGUCAUCGUCAGUACAGACUUGUAGGAUUUUUGACAAAGCAAAACGAGUGUGAGAGGUUUAAGGAAACGGAAAGUCAUUUAGCGUUAAAUAGAUGAAUUUUAAAAAUAUAACAAAUAAAUAUAUGAAAAGAAAUGUAUAAAUAUGUA